UAGUGCUGGUGCCUGGUGGUCGUCUCGUCAUCCGUCUCGGUUUCUCGCCGUCGUCGUGUCGGUCGUACAUACGUAUCUGGGGCAUCGAGAGAGGUAUCAACGAGGAAGCCGCCGGAGUCACGUGAUCGCGCGGAUACAGUAUACUCGAAGACAUGGCGGACAAGGAGGAGACCGAGAAGACCAUCGCCGAGGACUUGGUUGUCACCAAGUAUAAAAUGGCCGGCGAGAUCGUAAAUCGAGUAUUGAAACAAGUUCUAAAUAAAUGCGUGACUGGAGCCUCUGUGAGGGAAAUAUGUGAGUUUGGUGACAAAAUACUUACAGAGGAAACUAGUAAAGUUUUCAAAAAGGAGAAGGAACUUAAAAAGGGAAUCGCUUUUCCAACAUGCAUAUCAGUCAACAAUUGCAUUUGUCAUUUUUCUCCUAUCGCUAGUGAACCUGACUUGAUUCUCAAAGAUGAGGAUAUGGUUAAAGUUGAUCUUGGAGCACAUGUGGAUGGUUUCAUAGCUGUAGUGGCGCACACUAUCGUCAUAGGAUCUUUACCAGAGAAGAAAGUAACAGGCAGGAAAGCGGAUGUAGUUUUAGCUGCACACUAUGCUUCUCAAGCUGCAUUAAGGCUUUUGAAGCCAGGUACAGAGACUUAUACGAUAACAGGCACCGUGGAGAAAAUAUGUGAUGCCUAUAAAUGUAAACCGAUCGAAGGUAUGCUAAGUCAUCAGUUAAAACAAUUUAAGAUCGAUGGAGACAAAACAAUAAUCCAGAAUCCGAACGAUGCGCAAAAGAAGGAGCAUGAAAAGUAUACUCUCGAGACUCACGAGGUAUACGCAAUGGAUGUACUAGUUAGCACAGGUGAAGGAGUGGGAAGGGAGCAGGAUACCCGAGUUACGAUAUACAAGAAAACAGAGGAGACAUAUCAGCUUAAACUGAAGGCAUCUCGCAUGUUUUAUUCAGAAGUCUCCCACAAGCAUGGUCUCAUGCCUUUCAAUUUACGUACCUUCGAAGACGAGAAAAAAGCAAAAAUGGCUGUUGUUGAAUGUGUAAAUCAUAGGUUGAUUGAGCCGUUCCAAGUGCUGUAUGAAAAACCAAACGAGUACGCAGCGCAAUUCAAAUUCACGGUACUUUUGAUGCCUAAUGGACCUCAUAAAAUUACGGGGAUUCCUUUCGAUCUCGACAUGUAUCAAUCCGACUGUGUCGUGGAUGAUCCUGAAUUGAAGACCCUUUUAUAUUCCUCGGCAAAUCCGAAAUCGGCGAAAAAGAAGAAAAAGAAGGCUGAGAAAGCUGUAGGAGACGUCACUGUGGAAGUCGACGCUAAGGCCUAACAUUGUCAUUUUAACACGUACCAUGACUUACCGGCGUCGUGCACUACUCCGAUACUACGAUUUUAUUUAGUGAUUUAAGGGAGCCAAGGCUGGACACUUUCGAAAUGCAGUUCGUUCAACAAUCAGCGUAGCCAUAACUCUAUCCGGACGUUGCACAAAUUACAAUGCUAUGCGUAGCAUAGCAUUGCUACAUCCCUAUAUAAAUUAUCAGCAAUUGUCUGGUGCACAUCUAUAUGUUUCAUUCAUUUGAAAGAAGUGUCGAGUUUUGUUGCUCUAUCGAGAAAAUUAAACUUUAUCACACACAUUACGCCACAACUGUAUCAGCGCUUAAGUUUUUAUACCAGACUAUCUUUUAAUGGACUAUGGUAUUAUUAUUAUUAUUAUUAUUAUUAUUAUAUGCAGAUUGAUGAUUAUUCAUAUGACUAUUAUUUGCAAUUGUUGUAUAUUACGUUUCAAUCUUUGAACUAACAAUUUCAUACAUAACAAUUUUGUGUGAUUGUUUUUUGUGAAACAUUUAGAUUGGCUGAGCUAAGAGAAGUGAAUCGUAUGGACCCAAAUCUGUACAUCUGUUCUGAUUUAUGUAUGCAUCACUAUUAUUGGCAGUGUCGCAAAAUUCAAUUUUAUGAACUGGCGAGUUGUACAUCGUAACUUUUAAAAUAUUUCCGUGAAGUACGAUUCCCUUUCAUGCUUAUUGCUGGUUCUGCGCAAUUUUGUAUCCAGCUAUAAAAAAAAGUUAUACUAUAACGUUCAACUUUAAAUUGUACAAUUGGAGGAAUGUCCGUUCUUGGACGCUGCAUAAACAAUGAAAUGCCAAUGA